AACCGGACCAGCAUGGCGGCUCUUUUCGAAACUUUCUAUGAUGUUACGAAAACAAUUUACCGAAAUGUGUUUCUGAAAACAAUUGAGGCCUUAAAUGAUCCCUGCAGCUGCUAAAUCUGUCUUCAUUUUAGUUCGACGAUAGUUUAAAAGUUUAGCGGGAAGUUUCCAGAGGCGGCGAGUCGGGCCGGACGCCGGUAAUUUGCAUAACGUAUCCUAGACCUCAACUUUAUGCAAAUGAGCAGACGCCGACGUGACGCCAAGCGUCUGGAACAGCAGCGCAACGCUAGCGGAAUGCACCGCACAGCUGCCUGCAUAGACAAUGAAUGGGAAGCCUGGAAGUGACUGAUCCUGUGGACGCAUACCAACAGAAAAGCGAGGAGGAAAUGUGAGAGCAUGUCCAGACUGCAGGAGCUGAGGUCGCUGGUCCAGCAGCGCCUGAGUGCGGCUCUGGACGACGUUUUUGGGCUGUUGGAAAGAACGAUAGCGGCGCACGACGAGGAGCUGUCUCAUUUAAAGGAGGAGAACGAGCGGCAGAGGAAGCUACUGAGCGAAGUGCAACUACACACAGCAGAGUUUUCCCAGCAGCUGCUGGUGAGUAAAGAAGAGGAUCCCUCUGAGCAGCAGGAGUGCUGCCCCAGUCUGAACCAGGAGGACCUGUGGACCCAGCUUCAAGGGCUGCAGGAGGCUGAAAGCAAGUUCCCCUUCACUCCUGUCCCUGUGAAGAGUGAAGAUGAUGAAGAGAAAGCUCAGUCCUCACAGCUUUGUCAAAACCAGCCCGAGGAGAACAGAGAGGUGGAGUCUCAAGCCAGCAUCUCCACUGAACAGAUGAAAACAGAAGCUGAUGGAGAGGAACCUGUCAACAAUUCAGAUCCAGCUGCUGAUUUACAAGCAGCUAGUGAUGGCCAGCUCCUCCCUAAACACUCCUCUGAACCUGAGACUGAUGACAGUGAUGACUGGACAGAGACUGGAGAAGCUGAGUCAGGUUUAGCCCCAUUCAGUAAACCCCUUUUCAGUGAGAACACAUCUAAUGUUGCAGAGAAACCAUAUUCCUGCUCAACGAGAAAGAACACAGGAAAGGAAGUACGGCAUGGCUCUGUUUGUGGUAAAGACUUUAAACACAAAAGAAACUUAAAAAAACACACAAUGGUUCACAAGAAAGAGAAACCAUAUAGCUGCUCCGCCUGUGGUAAAAAAUUUACACAGAAAGUAAUCCUGGAAACUCACAGGAGACUCCACACAGGAGAAAAACCCUACAGCUGCCCAUCCUGUAGUAAAACAUUUAGUGAUAAUUAUCAAUUGAGGAGACACAUGAAAAGCCAUGCGCAAGAGAAACCAUAUAACUGCUCAGUCUGUGGUAAAGGUUUUAUACAGAAAACAAAGUUAGAAAAACACAUUAGAGUCCACACAGGAGAAAAACCCUUCAGCUGCUCAUCCUGUAGUAAAAGGUUUAGUGAUAAAACACAGUUGAGAAGACACAUGAGAGUCCACACAGGAGAGAAACCUUUUCCCUGUUCAGUCUGUGGCAAAGGUUUUACAGUGAAAUUUAACUUGAACACACACCUGAGAGUCCACACAGGAGAGAGACCAUAUAACUGCUCAGUCUGUGGAAAAUCUUUUACACAGAAAGCUAGCCUCAACUUGCACAUGAGAAUCCAUACAGGAGAGAGACCAUAUAACUGCUCAGUCUGUGGAAAAGGUUUUACACAGAAAGUAAACUUAAAAACACACAUGAAAGUCCACACAUGAUAGAAACUGUUCAGCUGCAGUGUGUGUGGGAGAACUUUGAGCAGGUGUUUGCAGACGUGUGUGUCAGUGAAAGCAGCAGCAGGUGAAGCAGCAGAGCUGCUGCUUGAGCUGAACUGUUCUGCAGUAACAGGACAACAGACGACAGGCAUCAGGGGGGCAAAUGUAUCAAAGUUGAUAUUUGCACUAAAUGGAUGUGUACACAUAGUUCUGAGUUUCUCUGUACAAAGGUUUUUCGUCAGAUGUAUGACCUGUGUCUCAUUGUGGAUCACUGCAUAGCAGAGAAAUCAAUGUGGAGUUGAGAGUAUGUGACCGCAUGUAUCUGCUGCCCUGCUGCCAUUUUUGCCCUUUAAUGGUCAGAAAAACUCCCACAAUUAAACCCUGUAGUGCCCUGUAAAUUUCCAAGUCAUAGUUUAUAUUAAUGUAGGUUAAAUGUCACAGACAACAGCCAAAUGAAUAGAAAGUGUAACUUCACAAAUUGUGAAAUAGACAGAUAUGUAGAUGAGGUUAUUGUGAUUGUUCACAUCUUCACACCCUCCGGUCUAUACAUCCCUGCCUGUGCUGAAUUAUUACUGUACUGUACAACCCUGUAAUGGACACUGGGGGAUUUAAUUCUGACAUCUUCAAUCAACAUUUAGCCUCUU